GGAAGGUAACUCGUUAACCGAAAUCUCGUUAACCGAGGUGCUCGUUCACCGAGAGACCACUGUACAGUACUACUUCAGAUUUCAGCAGAUGUUGCACUGGCCUACAAUAUACAGUCUCAUUCAAGAUUCUUCGAACACUGCUGGAGACAGCUGGCAACUCAAGGCCGUUUGUUUACUAUAGUAUGUAGUAAAAUUUAUGAAUGAAUAUUAAAGUGAUCAGUAGUUGAUUACCUAGUUCCCCGUUGCUUAAUUUGAUGGAUGGGCUCUGUUGAUUCGUAUUAUAUUGUACGUACUAUAGUAAACAAACGGCCUUUAGUUGCCAGCUGUCUCCAGCAGUGUUCGAAGAAUCUUGAACGAGACUGUACGUGUUUCUUUCGAAACACAUAAAUCCUCUAUUUUUUUAAUAAGUAUUGUCGACAUUAAUAAUAAUAGCAAUAGUUGUGAUGUGCAUGUGUCUAGGAACAAGAUGUUAUGGAUGAAGGACGGUACAAGGUAAAGACCGAGAAAGGAUCCACCAGCCUCACCAUCUGUGAUGUGGUGUCGGACGACUGUGACAAGUACAGUACACCAUUAUAGUGAGGAACUCCCUCGCAGAACACGCAGCCUGUGCCUCUCUUGCUGUUGGAAGUAAGUGUUUAUGGAUAUUGAGAAAUUGAAAAGCUCGCGUGUUGUAGCCCUUGUGGUGAAAUAUCUAAAUUCAGUUGAUAGGGAUUAAGAAGGAUUAAUGCAGUUGAUAUAUAUUAGUCACUGUACUAUUUUAUUGCCUAUUAUUAGUUUGAAGAUUUUAUUCUUGAGCGCCUUAGGUCAGGUAAACCUGCCAUCAUGUCAACAGUUGUACGUAUAGGAAAAUUAAGAACACUGUAUAAUUGUAGUAUGAUUGUAUAUGGUUAAGGGUAUUUGUAUAUGGUUAGGGUUAUUUGCAUCUACAAUUUUUGAGUGUUUGCAUACAGUCUUGCAAGCCAUCACCCCUGUGGUUAAUGUUUAUUAUUUGUGUUCUAAUAAAAUCAAUGUAUUUACCUGGGAUUGCUUCCUUGAUUUGUUUUAUCACAGGUGCUCCUGAGCCUCCAGCAGCCAAACCCAACCGCAGUGAAGUAACAGCCGACUCGAUCACCUUGUCUUGGUACGGUCCAACUUUUGAUGGCGGCUCAGUGGUGAUGGGGUACACAGUGGAGGCACGUAAGGCUGGCAGCGACGACCGGUACACUCUUAUCAGUGGGUGCCACUUGACCUCGUACAUUGCCAGGGGCCCCAAGAAGAACUGUCAGUACGAGUUCCGAGUACGUGCCCAGAUUGUACAUGGACUGUCAGAGCCAUCAAAACCCUCCACACCAGUCACCACCGCUGAUCCUGUGGAGGAACCUGAGCCUGAAGAUCAUGAGACAGCAUUUGCACCCCUGAAUGUUGAAAUUGAGCCUGGAAGUCUAUUCGACAAGCAGUACAGCUUACAUGAGGAAGUGGGGAAAGGUCGCUUUGGUAUAGUGUACAGAGUGACUGAGAAGAACUCUGGGGUGAGAAGAACUGCAAAGAUCAUCAAGUGCAUAAUUGCCAAAGAUAAAGAAAAGGUUUGCGAGGAAGUUGACAUCACGAAUUCACUUCGGCAUCCCAAACUCCUUCAGCUCGGAGCUGCUUAUGAACGACAGAGAGAAAUGGUUAUGGUCAUGGAGUAGAAUCAUGUGUGGGCGGCAGGCAUGGGUGGGUGUAUCGUGGGCGUGUGUGCUAUGGGUGUGGUUAGCUACGGACCUGUCAGCGGCUCCAGCAACUAAAAAUGAAGGGAAUUCUACAAUGGUAACAGUGCCGUCAGACUUGCUGGUACAGUUACUGGACGUCAGCAGGUCGUUACAGAAGUUACUACCAGCUGACAUCCUCAUCCCCCUGCUUGAUGUCAGCCCCAAGGAAGUACUGGCUCGGGUUAACGACGAAGGACCAAACUCACUGUUAACUCUGGCUCUACGUCACCACGCUCUACUGCAACAACGUAACGAAGAUUUACUCACCCAACAAGGUCGUUGUACUGCCCAGAUCGAGUCUCCACAGGAGGAUAAACAAGAACUCCGUCUACAGCUACAGAGUGAAGGACUGCGCCGGUCAUCAGACUGAAGGGGCGACCGAGAGUGGAAUGUAUGAAAUUUACCCAUCAGAGAGUUGGACUGAGGUGCAUCUGGGUAGACUCUCAGCCUUUU